UUGUCUAUUCAUGUUUCCGAGAGUUGCUGGAGGAUCAGCAGCUCUGAGGAAAGAGCCACGGGGUCUUGUGGGUUCCACUCCUUGUUUUCCAUGUGUUCCUAGGGGUUGCAUGGCUCUGCUUGAAAGUUCAGAGACUCACACUCCCUCAGCACAGAGAUUAAAGGGGCUUGUCUGCAGCACUUGCAACAAGAGCUGUUCACAGUUCGCAACUUGCCCAAGAGGAGGGAUGAGUUGUUUUUUGCAGCUUUUGCAGUCGUGACUUUGGCAACUGUGUGGAAGUCUUGUUUGUUUUUUUGUUUUUUUCUUCUUCUUAAGUUUUCUGGUUUGUACUCCCACCAAGUAGAACAAAGUCUCUUUAGGACGCGGCGGCCGUCCAAGUGCUGGUACGAGGAUGCAGGUGGCAGCGAGGCUCUGCUCCGACUUGUUUGAAGUUUGCUCUCGUGUCAAAGGUGAAGGAUUAUGUCUGGAACUGGAAUUUGGUCUUCAAAUUGAGGAAUGCCAAAACUUCCUGGCAGCAUGUGAGUCCUUUUGUCUGUAGUGUGUGAAUCAGUUUGGGUACAGUGCCAUGCUAUUCCUCAGCAGUGGGACAGCGGAUGCUACAGUUGGCCAUCAGCAGCAGGGGAAAACCACUUACCACACCUCUGGAACAUUAAAGGAGACGCAGGGAUAUGACCCUGUCCCCAAGCUAGGAAUGGGCUGGGUGACACCCUGCACCCUGGUGGACGGUUGCAAGCCAGGAGACCAAAUCAUGGAGAACAGUCCCAUCCUCGACAGGUGGCCAUCCCUGAGAGCAGGAAGUCUACGCCAAGACGUGGUGGUGGAGGAGAAUGAGGAGGAGGAGGAGGAAGAGGUGGAGGUGGAGAGAAAAAUGAGGAGUGACGGGUUUAUGAGACAUCCCUCCGAGAGCUCAGGUAACUCCUCAGAGAUCAUCGAGACAGACGCCCGGACCUCGCACAAGUACCGCGUCAGUGUCCACGCCAGAAUACUGUCAUUUAGUGGAAAUGGCACCGUCACAGGGCACACGCUGCCUCGGGCUGUACCGCGCAGAUCCCGUCAGGAUGAGGCCUCACUCGGCAGGAGGAGCAUGAGCAUGUAUGGCGAACCGGCGGAGCAGCAAAGUGAGCCCGAACCGGUUCGACUCCGGAGGCCAAGGAGCGUGUGCAUGCUUUCGGGCCCCGGCCCGGUCCUCGUGGAGCAGGGCAAGCAAAACUCCCUGAAAAGGACAGGCGUAGUGGAGGGUAGUCAGCUGUACAGGACCAGAAAGGCUGAGCUGAGGGUCGUGGAUGGUCUCAAUCCGGUUGUGGUUCACCAAGCCCCGGUUCCUGCUGAGGUAAUCCCCAGGGAGCGCCACAGAAGCGUGAAGACCAGGCCUCUUAGUAUGACUGUACUGGAGCUCAGGAAAAGGGCCUCUGACGACGACGUAAGCAGGCAGCAGAGCCACACAGGCCACGAUGGUGGAAACUUCCUGAAAGGAGCCUUCCGUUGGAGGUUAUUUGGUAAAAGCUCUCCCGAUAAGAACAAGGACAGCGAUGGUGACAAAUGUGCGAAGUCGGCUUUAAAGUUCGUCAAAUCGGAUGCUCCGAAAAGCACGCUGAGCUCAUUGAGACGGAGCUUGAGUAUGCGCAUCCGGAGGACUCGGCCUCGGGACAAGGUGACUCCAGCGUGUGAGGGGGCUACAAGGGAACUCUCUCAAGCCAAAACUGCUGACACCAUGCCUCCUCAGCCUUUCUCGUACCUCACGGGGAGAACUCUGCCAUCUUCCGGUGGGCAGGUCGUAGACGGGGGUAUGCAGUACAUUCCGUACCGCAGCAGGGGCAAGGUCAAGGUGAUGGAGGUACCCAUGUGCCCGACCAAAUUGACCAAACCGGCUCAGGGGGAGCCCAGCAUUUGGCAGCUCAUAGCCAACCGCUUCAGGAGGAAAGAGCAGCUGGUCAAAUGCGAAUCGAAAGACGAAGACCAGCAUGCGAUGACUCUGAAUAAUAAGUCACUCCCUGUCGCCAUAGAGACCCUGGCAGACACAGAGUCUCAUAAAGGUCAAGACUCUUUUGUCAACAGCCAAGAAUGGACGCUGAGCCGGUCUGUGCCAGAACUGAAAGUGGGAAUUGUGGGGAAUCUGUCCAGCGGCAAGUCGGCCUUAGUCCACCGCUACUUGACAGGGACGUAUGUGCAGGAGGAGUCUCCUGAAGGAGGACGCUUCAAGAAGGAGAUCGUGGUGGACGGGCAGAGCUACCUCCUCCUGAUCAGAGAUGAAGGAGGACCUCCAGAGUUACAGUUUGCCGCCUGGGUGGAUGCGGUGGUCUUCGUCUUCAGCCUGGAGGACGAGAUCAGUUUCCAGACGGUCUACAACUACUUCCUGCGUCUGUCCAGCUACAGGAACGCUGCCGAGGUGCCCAUGGUCCUCGUUGGGACACAAGAUGCCAUCAGCGCUGCCAACCCCCGAGUUAUUGAUGACUCACGGGCCAGAAAGUUGUCCAAUGACCUGAAGCGCUGCACGUACUACGAGACCUGCUCCACCUACGGCCUCAAUGUGGAAAGAGUCUUUCAGGAUGUGGCUCAGAAGGUGGUGGCCAUGAGGAAAAAGCAGCAGCUCUCCAUUGGGCCGUGCAAGUCUCUGCCCAACUCGCCAAGCCACUCGUCAGUCCCCACGGCGUCCAUCCCCUCUGUUCACAUUAAUCAGGCGGCCAACGGCGGCUGCGCGUUCAGCGACUACUCCUCCUCGGUCCCCUCCACCCCCAGCAUAAGCCAGCGGGAGAUGCGCAUCGAGACCAUCGCUGCCUCCAAUACGCCCACGCCCAUUCGCAAGCAGUCCAAGCGCCGCUCCAAUAUUUUUACAUCGCGGAAAGCCAGCGAGCAGUCAAAGAGCGUUGAGAGUAAGACAGACAGCAUAGGCAGUGGAAGGGCCAUUCCUAUCAAACAGGGAAUCCUCCUGAAGCGAAGUGGCAAAUCCCUCAACAAGGAGUGGAAGAAGAAAUACGUCACGCUGUGCGAUAACGGCGUCCUCACUUAUCACCCCAGCUUACACGACUACAUGCAGAAUGUGCAUGGGAAGGAGAUCGACCUGCUGCGGACGACGGUCAAAGUACCCGGGAAGCGACCGCCGAGGGCGGUGGCCACCACCGUGGCCCCCACUGCGAGCCCCAAGACCAACGGGAUGACCAAGGACCGCAGUGCCCUGCAGCUGGGCAUCGGCAACACAGGCGCCUCGCACUCCAACAGCAGCUCGUCCCUGCAGACAGGCGCAUCCUUGUUUGGCAGCAGCAAGGACGGAAUGCACCAGCGUUCCUUCUCCGUUUCCAGCACUGACCAGUGGAACGACGCUAUCAACACCAGUACGAGCAGCGCCGCCCCCAACGGAACGAGUGACCCAGCCAGUUGCAGUGCGGGCAGCGCCACGAGUCCUAAGCUAGAUCCGCCUCCCUCGCCGCACGCCAACCGCAAGAAACACAGACGGAAAAAGAGCACGGGCAUCACCAAACCUGACGGUCUAGCUGCAGGAAAUGAAGAACAAGAAGAUUCCUUCGAGUUCAUCAUCGUGUCGCUGACGGGUCAGACGUGGAACUUUGAGGCAUCCACGUACGAGGAGCGCGAGCUCUGGGUGCAGGCCAUCGAGAGUCAAAUCUUCGCCAGCCUGCAGUCAUGUGAGAGCAUCAAGAAUAAGUCUCGAUUAGGCAGCCAGAGCGACGCCAUGGCCAUCCAAUCCAUACGCAACGUGAGGGGCAACAGCUUCUGUGUGGAUUGCGAUGCAGCGAAUCCGGACUGGGCCAGUCUGAACCUGGGUGCCCUGAUGUGCAUCGAGUGCUCGGGCAUCCACAGGAACCUGGGCACCCACCUGUCGCGUGUGCGCUCCUUGGACCUGGACGACUGGCCCGUGGAGCUCAGCAUGGUGAUGACGGCCAUCGGCAACUCCAUGGCCAACAGUGUCUGGGAAGGCGCCCUGGAGGGCUACAGCAGGCCAGCCAGCGACAGCACCAGGGAGGACAAGGAGCGCUGGAUCCGAGCCAAGUACGAGCAGAAAAUGUUCCUAGUGGGGCUGCCCCAGUCGGACGUGCCCCUGGGCCAGCAGCUGCUGAGGGCGGUGGUGGAGGACGACCUGAGGCUGGUGGUGGUGCUGCUGGCCCACGGCACCAAGGAGGAGGUCAACGAGACGUACGGAGACGGCGAUGGCCGCACGGCGCUACACCUCUCGUGCGCCAUGGCCAACGUGGUCAUCACGCAACUCCUCAUCUGGUACGGCGUGGACGUGAAGAGUCGCGACGCGCGCGGCCAGACGCCGCUUUCGUACGCCCGACGAGCUGGCAGUCAGGAGUGCGCCGACAUCUUGCUCCAGCACGGCUGCCCCAACGACGCCGGCGGCCCCACGACGGCGCCGUCCAACAUCAGCAACCGCAACGCCAACCCCAACAUCAACAACAACGCCCAGUGUGAGCUCAACCGCAGCAUCAGCAUCAUGUAGACAGCCCCGCCCCUGAACGCCCCUCCCCCACCUCGUUUCACAAGACGCUGCGUAUCCACAACGGAGACAUGUCAGGAUGGGACGGACGCUUUGUAAAGUUUGUUUUUAUUCUUUUUUUUAUCGUCGGUCUGAGAUGAUUAUGAAAAGCUUUAAGUUUUUUUUUCGUUUGUUUGUUUUUAAUCCACACCAGUGAAUUACUGACACCCCCCUUAAAGUGUUCCCCUCAUGCAAGGAUGGGGAAGCUUUGCAGUCGUUCAGAAAUGUCCUCCGAGGGCCACGUUCAAUUUAAGAUGGGCUGACAA